CUCAUUAAUGUUACCAUUUAACGUAAAUAAGGGUGUGCCGAAUGACGAUAGCUUGUUAGGUGUGGCAAACAACCACUCCUAGAAAUUAGAACAAUUAACUAUUCCUUCAAUUGGCACAGUGUGUGAAUGUUUGUUGACUGUUUUGCCCUAGUUCGUGUAUUAAUUAAAAGGAUUAUUCAGCACUAUGGAUCCAAUAAUGGACGUAAUUAAAAACUCCGAAGAACCAGAAUGGCUUGAAAAGCGCGUCUUGGGGGAACUGAGACUUUGGCAGAUGAUGUUUCUUUGUUUGGCUGGUGUUACGUCUAUUACUGUAAUGGUGUGCUGUUGUUUCCGUUUCCGCAUCCCGCGUACCAAGCAACAAAUAGAAGCGGACUACCAACGGCGGAAGAUCACCUCCAAAUUUCGACAGCAGCUGGAAACAAUCCAGGACGCAAAAAUGGAUGCAAUGUCGUUGAAAGAUGCUCUAGACUUGCUGCACGAAAAGAGUGGUCACAACAUGAACAUCGACAAGCAACGAGUAUCACAACAGAGCUCUAUCAUAUCGCCUCAGCAAAGUUCAUUGGACGCAUCCUUUCUACCAGAGGGUGGGCAGAAACCCGAGCCACAAGUGUCCGGCAGUUUUGCAAGGAUUGCCAACAAGGUAGCAAACUUGACGAAGUUAAACCAACCCAAAUCACCGACAUCACCUAUUCCUUCCGGAAAUAAAAUGGACUUUUGAAAUGUUUUCAGUUAUGGUUGUCAUAUUAAGCAUUAUACUAUAAUAAUUUGACUAUACUUACUCGCAAUGUAGAUCUCAAUGUUUUGUGUAGCAAAACCAAUAAUAAAAUGAAAACUUUGUUUAAUGAGAAACUUAUUAAGUGUAUGUCAUAUCUUAUUCAUAAAAAGUUAAAACCCUCUAUAAAUCCAUAUUAAUUUUAGAUUAACUCCUAUUAGAGUUAAAAAGUAUAGAUUUAUACACAUAUGAAGUACAAGGAAGAUAGUCCAGAACUGCGUAGGGGCCCACACACUAAAGUGGCCCGACGCCGCACUAUGGAAAAUAUAGUUCAGUUUCGAAUCAAAAAUCUAUAACUUCGUGAUUUUUAUCAUAUCGUUAUGAAAUUUGAU